AUGGCGUCAAAUACCACCCACACUGUCACCACUGUCGCAACCGACCGCAAUCGUGCGCAACCUGUCACGAAUACUCCGAAACGACGCCGCACGUCCUGGCGUACCCAAUUUCCCGAAGAAGCCGCCAUGCGUACUUCUAUCGACCCACACACCGCCCUGAUGCAGGGCCACGACCAUGAGCACGCCUCUGAGCGCUCAAGACACCUCCUGGGCGAGAAAGUUGAAGAGACAGAACAAGCACAGGCUAGCAAGUCCAAAAAGAUUGAGAAGAUGAUCACGCCCUACCUCGCCCAGCACAUCCCACAGCAGUACAACCCCCUUGGCGGUCCCGACGCCUCUCCCGCCAACAGCAACACCAAGUUCUGCUAUCGCCACCGUCCGGACCUCCUGUGUCGACGACAGGCUGACGAGCCAUCCAUGGAGCAGUUGCAACAGGAGCUUGGCAGAGAGUCGCAAGCUGACCAGCAGAGCAUCGCCAACGUCUGGUCGUUGUUCUCUGCUGCCCCCGCUCGGCACCGGAACCUCAUGCUUCAGGGCAUCCUCGCUCAGUGCUGCUUUCCUCAGCUGUCGUUCGUGUCCUCCGCUGUCCGCAACCUAAUCAAGAUCGACUUCAUCGGCGCAUUACCCCACGAGCUGGGCUUCAAGAUCCUUUCCUACCUCGACACCACCUCACUCUGCAAAGCAGCGCAGGUGAGUCGUAAAUGGAGGCAGCUUGCCGACGAUGACGUGGUUUGGCACAAGAUGUGUGAGCAGCACAUCGACAGGAAGUGCACCAAAUGCGGGUGGGGAUUGCCUUUACUGGACCGAGCACGUCUACGACACGAGAAGAGGAGGAUACAGCUGCGAGCAUCUGGACGGGGCAUCAACGAAUGGUCCCCAAACAUUACUCCGGUACCCGAGAGCUUCGAGCCCCCCACAACCCUGGUCCACCGGCUUUCCGAUUCUUCCGAUAUCACCACAUGUAGCAAGCGCUCUGCUCCCGAGGACUCUGCAUCGCCAGAGGUCUCGUCGAAACGUUCCUGUACUGAGGUCACACAUCGCGACGCCCGCGAUCAGUUAGCCUCAUACUUCGACCAACCUAAGAAACGCCCGUGGAAGGAUGUCUACAAGGAUCGUUUCAAGGUUGGUACCAACUGGAAAUAUGGACGUUGUUCCGUCAACAUCCUCAAAGGACACACCAAUGGCAUCAUGUCUCUGCAGUUCGAUGAUCGAACAUUGAUUACAGGAUCCUAUGAUGCCACUGUUAAGGUGUGGGACAUCAAGACCGGGAAGGAGAUUCGAACUCUUACUGGACACACUGCCGGCAUCCGCUGCUUACAAUUCGAUGACUCAAAGCUCAUUACUGGCAGCCUAGACCGAACCAUCAAGGUCUGGAACUGGAGAACCGGCGAACUUAUCCGAACGUUGAAUGGUCAUACUGACGGUGUCAUCGGCCUCCACAUGGCAGAAAAAUUGCUUGCGUCAGGAUCGUCAGACCACACCAUCAUGGUGCACGACUUCAACAACUACCAGCGCGUGACACUGCGAGGCCACACAGACUGGGUCAACUCGGUCAAGAUCGACCUUGCCUCGCGCACACUUUUCUCGGCAUCUGACGACAUGACCGUCAAGCUGUGGGAUCUCGAUACACACCGAUGCAUCAAGACAUACGAAGGUCACGUUGGCCAGGUGCAACAAGUCUUACCCCUGCCACACGACUUCGAGAUUGACGAAGAUGACUUCAACGCCACCACCAACGCCGAUGUCUCCGACACUGCUUCUCAACCCCCUUCUGACUGCGAGGCAGCCUUGCCGUCGUUUUCCGCUAUACAAGAGGAGUCGGUCUUUCCUGACGACCCAUCACGCCCGAGUCCACCUUCAUAUAUGCUCACCGGCUCUCUCGAUGGCACUAUUCGUCUUUGGCACGUCCCUUCAGGCCGGUGCGUUCACCGCUUCUUCGGCCAUGUGGAGGGAAUCUGGUCGCUUGCAGCGGACUCUCUCCGCGUAGUCAGCGGUGCUGAGGACAAGACGAUAAAGAUCUGGGACCCUCGUACUGGCAAGCACGAGAGGACUCUGGUCGGCCACACCGGGCCUGUGACCUGUAUCGGCCUUAGUGACGAACGAGUCGUCAGCGGUGGGGAGGACGGCACUGUCCGGAUCCACUGUUUUACAAGUGUUUGA